AGUUCCGACCGUCUUAUCUCUCUCUCUCUCUCUCUCUCUCUCUCUCUCUCUCUCUCUCUCUUUGUGCUGAGCUCUUGAUCUCCAUCAAUGGCGGGCGGUGCGAUCGUCAACACGUCCGGAGGAAAGGACUACCCUGGAAAGAUGACAGCUUUUGUCCUCAUGACAUGUCUUGUUGCAGCAACCGGAGGCCUCAUCUUUGGCUAUGAUAUCGGCAUAUCUGGUGGUGUGACAUCUAUGGACUCAUUUCUGUUAAAGUUCUUCCCAAGCGUUUAUAAGAAGGAGAAGGCGGACAAGAGCACAAACCAGUACUGUAAGUUUGAUUCACAGUUGCUGACGAUGUUCACUUCGUCGUUGUACCUUGCGGCGCUGGUUGCUUCCUUCUUUGCCAGCGUUGUUACGAGGGUCCUUGGGAGAAAAUGGUCCAUGUUUGGUGGGGGCAUCACGUUCUUGAUCGGCGCGGCGAUCAAUGGUGGCGCUGUGAAUGUCUUCAUGCUCAUCCUCGGCCGCAUCCUCCUUGGCAUAGGCGUUGGUUUCGCCAAUCAGUCUGUGCCAGUCUACCUUUCGGAGAUGGCUCCUGCCAGGCUUCGUGGUAUGUUAAACAUUGGUUUUCAACUCAUGAUCACCAUUGGCAUUCUUGCCGCCAACCUUAUCAACUAUGGUGUUGCCAAAAUCAAGGGAGGUUGGGGAUGGCGUGUUAGCCUUGCACUUGCUGCUGUCCCCGCGGGCAUCAUCACCCUUGGUUCCCUCUUCCUUCCGGACACUCCUAACUCUCUUAUUGACCGUGGCCACGAAGAGAAGGCUAAGUCCAUGCUCCGCAAAAUUCGUGGCACUGAUGACAUUAAGUUGGAGUACAAUGACCUUUUAGUGGCGAGUCAGGAGUCCAAAACUGUUGAGCAUCCUUGGAGGAAUAUAACCAUGAGGAAGUAUAGACCCCAACUCACCAUGGCCAUCCUCAUCCCGUUCUUCCAGCAACUUACUGGCAUCAAUGUUAUCAUGUUUUACGCCCCGGUGCUCUUCAAGACUAUUGGAUUUGGUUCUGACGCAUCUCUUAUGUCUGCCGUCAUCAGUGGCCUUGUCAAUGUUUUUGCCACCUUACUUUCCAUCUUCACUGUUGACAAACUCGGUCGGAGGAAGCUCUUGUUGUUUGGAGGUGCACAGAUGCUCAUUUGUCAGAUCAUUGUUGGAACACUGAUCGCAAUCAAAUUCGGUACAAGCGGAGAGGCUCAUCUAUCUAAGCUUUAUGCUGGAGCAGUGGUGCUGUUCAUCUGCCUUUAUGUGUCUGGUUUCGCGUGGUCUUGGGGUCCCCUUGGUUGGUUGGUCCCCAGUGAAAUAUUUCCUUUGGAGAUUCGAUCAGCUGGCCAAAGUAUCAAUGUCGCUGUCAACAUGUUUUUCACCUUUGUCAUCGCUCAGGUCUUCCUUGCCAUGCUCUGUCAAAUGAAGUUUGGACUCUUUUACUUUUUUGGUUGUUGGGUGGUCCUCAUGACAAUCUUCGUUGCUUUGUUCCUCCCUGAAACCAAGAAUGUGCCAAUUGAAGAAAUGGUCAUUGUGUGGAAGAGCCAUUGGUUCUGGGGUAGCUUCAUUAGAGACGAUGAAGUUCAUGUCGGCAACAUUGAGAUGGGCAAUGGCAAGCCCACUACCGUUGGAACUAUCAGACAAGCAAACUAACUGUUGUUGGCUGUCCUCUGAUCAUGGGGCUCAGCUUGUAACAAUGUUUUUUUUUCUUUCCCUUUUUUAACAUAAUAUAGUAGCCAGCAGCUUGCCUUUUUCUUCUAUAAAAACAUAAUUUAGUGGCAUUGCUUGCAUCAUUCCCCGUGAACUUUUCUCAGGCUAAAGGCUUGUCCUUUAUAUGGACAAUUUAUA